AUGUUUUUGGAGACUUCUGGUUCUCUGGCAGACUCUCUGGGUGCAAGUAGGCCUCAGUAUAAGCCUCAGUAUGUUUCGGGUUCGUCUGGGUGCAAGUGGGCCUCAGUGCGGACCGGUGUGGACUUGUCUGGGUGCAAGUGGGCCUCAGUACAAGUGGUGAGGAUCUCCGUGUUGCGGCCUUGCGAGGUCGGGUUUUGUGGUCUUUGUGACGUUUGCGUUGGGAUUCGAGGACGAAUCCAUGGAGAAAGCCCUAAAAUCAAGUUUAAAGAGUGCAGCCGUCUUCUCUUUGGAGAAUUUUCGAGUUCAGAGGCUGCAGAGGAGAAAAGUGGAGUUUUUGGAGAGAUUUUCGUUUUACUGUUCAUCGGCACUGUUCAUCGGUACUGUUCAUCGACUGUUCAUCGUCGCGAUUCGGCACUGUUCAUCGUGUUUCCUUUUUCCUUCAGUUUCAAUCAUUGUCAAGGUGAGUGCAUGACUGUGGGUCCGUGA